CUUCUUACCUAGCAGUAACAUUUGCAAAGGGGAAUGAAGGCGCUUUCUCGGCCCACCAGAGGUAGCUCUAAUCAUCAAGAUGCGACUGAUCAAUACCAAGACGCUCCAGAUCGAAGAGUUUACCGGCCAGAAGGUUCCCCGAUACGCCAUACUGUCUCACACUUGGGGGAACGAGGAGCUUACUUUUCAAGACUGGCUCUAUGCCCAGAACCAGAGUCCACCAAGAUGGGGUUGGACUCAAAUCCCCGAGGAGAUUCAGCGCCUAAAAUCAAAAGAAGGCUACGACAAAGUGGUCAAAGCCUGUGAACGUGCUCGACAACACAACCCUGCCUGCCAGUGGUUGUGGGCCGACACCGUCUGUAUCGACAAGAUCAGCUCGGCUGAGUUGAGCGAGGCCAUCAACUCCAUGUUCGGAUGGUACAGACGAGCUGAAGUCUGUUAUGCCUUCUUGGCCGACGUGCCUCCCAUGAGCGAUGACGAGCUCAGCAAGUGUUCCCAGCGCACGAGUCCCUUCCGCCAAAGCAGGUGGUUUCGCCGCGGAUGGACGUUGCAGGAAUUGAUCGCGCCUUGGUCUGUGGUGUUUCUGUCCAAAAACUGGACCUUUCUCGGGACGAAAUCCACCCUUGCAAAACACAUUGCCACCAUUACGUCAAUUCCAGAGAACUGCCUAUCAGGCAGCUGGUCCAGAAUUCGGGAGCAGACGUCCAUCGCGCAAAAGAUGUCUUGGGCGGCGUGGCGGCAGACCACCAGGAUUGAGGACCGGGCCUACUGCCUUAUGGGACUCUUUGGAAUCAACAUGCCACUCCUUUAUGGGGAAGGUGAGAAGGCGUUUAUUCGGUUGCAACAAGAGAUCAUCAAGCACACGGAGGAUCUGAGCUUCCUGGCCUGGAAGAGCGACCGUUCUCAGACAUUUGUCCGAAAUCACUUUAUCCACUGGAAGCUACCACCCUUGGCUGACAGCCCAUCCCAAUUCUUCUCGGCAAGGAACGUGAUACUGAAAAAGAGCGGCGAGCUCCUUGCGAGUAAGCGAAUCUUCACCGCCAACACGGGCACAUUCAUACACCGGCCACUGCUUGGAACGCUGAGCCGCUGGUUCGUGUUUGCCCCUCUCAACUCCGCGGCUCUUACGUUAUCUCGACGAACUUCGGAGUCUGUCUGGAUGCCGCUGGUGAGGGAUCGUUCAUCGCAGGGGUUCUCAAGGUCCUCUUUUCCCACCUCGACCAUCGUCACGGCGCUUGAUCCAUCUCGCUGUCGCAUGUACACGGGCGCACCGUCGGAAACUUCCCUUCGACAUCUUGACGAACCUUCCCCCGAGAGGCAUUACUUUCGGAAAACACACCUCGGAUCUGAUACGGCCAAUCCCCAUAGGCAAGUCGGACUACUGCCGGUUUUCGCAAGCCGAUCGCCUUGGAUAGAAGUAAUGGGAAGUUAUCCCGCCAUUGAUCAGAAGGAUGCCCUCAUAUUCAAUCUGGCGGAGGCCGGCGAGUACCUAUACCACGGAAUCCUGUUACUUGGUGUCCCGCCAAAUAGAAGCCAUGGCCUCUCCGCUGCCUUUGGAGUCCACUUCCUGGCGAUUUUUGGCCGUGAGAGCAACAGGCCUCUUUUCUGGAACGCAACAGCGGUACAUGAUCUGCACGUUACGUCCACGGCUGAUCUUCAAUCCAGCACUGAGUCUGUGACGAAGUCAAUAACAGAUAAGGUGUUUCCGGUUGCCCAUCCAGCAGCGUCUCAUUCCAGUACUUCAGACCUUGCAGCAGACAGUUACCCUAAUGCAUCGCGUCAGUUACGGAAGAGAGACCCAGGAUUGGCCAUAGCAGACCACCAGGACAGUGAUGUAUUCGCAGAAAUGGACAACCGUUGGUAUACGUUCAGAAGCGCGGGCUUGGAAGAAACCUCCUUUGAUACCCAUAUCAACCUUGUCCUGAUUGGCGUGCAUAAGAGGACCUAAACUUCAAGCGGUGCAGGAGAUGGAGCAUUUUGGAUAUCUGGAAAGCCUGGAUCUGGGAGAUCAACAUUCUAUGAUAUUCCUUGUCGGUCAUGAAACGACGAAGUCGGCUUUAUAGAGGUGGGCUGGUCACAAGGGUGUCGUCAUAGAUAGCCACUAAGUACUUCAGGGUAGCUGGAAGCUCCCUCCAGAAGUCUGACCAGGGC